AUGGUAACUCUGGAUGAUCGUACCCAGGCUACCGAAGUUGCCAUGGAUAGUGAAAACGCCGAUCAGUAUGCGAAGAACCGGGCAGGACAACAGAAGAUGGCACUGGAUCUUAUGAACAGGUACAAUAGGGUCCUGGAUGUUGGCUGUGGUACAGGAGAGAUCACCAAACUCAUGUCUCAGCAGCCGGGAGUCAAGUCUGUUGUCGGGAUCGACUUGUCUUCAGACUUUAUCAGUUUCGCAUCCAAGAACAACGCUGCCGAGAACGUCAGUUUCCAUGUGGCCGACGCCUCUAAGUCCGCCGACUUCAAACCGGAGUGGAAGGGUGCAUUCACCAAGGCCACCUGCUUCACUGUUCUGCACUGGAUCCAAGACAAACGAAGCGCCUUGAAGAACAUCGCUUCCUGUCUUGAGCCUGAAGGAGAGCUUGUGAUCAACUGUCUGUUGGAGUCAGGGGAACAAAUGGGCAAGUUGGAUCUGCCGAAAUGGAAAGGAUACCUGGAAGAUUUCACCUACGGUGUCUACCCGUGGCCCAAUGACGACAUUGACGGCAUGGUUCAGCUGUUCGAAGAGGCGGGGUUUGAAGUGUUGAAGUGUCAGGAACAGAAUGCGCCACGCAAAUCUUUCCCGACCGACCCAGAGGGUUCCAAAGCUUUCAUGCGCACGAUGCUGCCUCAGCUCAAGUUCAUACCGACCGACAAACAGGACGACUAUCUGACGGAUGUCUACUGGGCAAUCAUAGAGAUGACGAAGCAUCGCAAAAUAAAAGAGGUGACUCCGACAUCGUAG